AUGGAAUAUGAGGAUCUGAACUUUAUGACGAAGGCUCCUCCAGAGUCCAAUUAUCAAUUUAAAUAUUAUCUGCCACAUCACGGUAUGCUCAAACCUUACAGCACCACAACAAAACUAAGAAUGAUAUUUAAUGGCUUCAGUAUAUCAACAUCAGGUUCUUCAAUCAACGACAUCAUGCAUACUGGACCCAAUUUGAAUCCAGACAAAUCAAAUAUGACCGGUGCCUUCAGAAUCCUGUGGAUAGUCGAACAACAGGUAGAAGUACCUUAUCAGUUAACAAUAGUCACCUACGGUAGAAAGGCUGCCGUAUUUCUGGAAAUCAGAACAUUGCUCCAAUUAGUAGAGGAUGACAGAUGUAGAUACCCUCUUGCUGUGCCUUCCAUCGGUCAUGGAAGAUAUGUCCAUGACAUUUUCAGAAAUACAGAUAGUCCCGAACAACUAAUCAAGGAAUGUGCGCAUAUUCCUGCUAAUAUUUACAACAUUAGCAGACAUACUAUGUACACAACAAGGGGCAUACUUCUUACCAAGGAGUAUGCACCAUCCAUUGCUGAUCCUUACAAGAUUAGCAACAUCAUUACCAUUAAGGAGCAAUCACAGUAUUAUGUUGAAAGUAAAGGAUUAACGGGAUUAAUUACUUUUGAUAAUGCAGGAUUUCGAAGUAACUUUGAAAUCGAAAUAUUCAAACUAACAUUUUCUGGAAUACAAGUAAUUGGAAAAUGGAAUUCUACGAGAAAUAUAGAAUGGAUCACAGAUGCAUCUAUAGGUAUUCAUUCGGGCACUCUUAGUUUUCGCAAUACAACGUUUAGAGUACUUAUAGCAUUGACUAAACCUUACGGAAUGCUGAAAGAAACAGUUUUUAAAAUGUCAGGAAAUGAUCAGUAUGAAGGUUUUGCCAUAGAUAUAAUUCAUGAAAUCAGUAAAAUGUUAGGAUUUAACUAUACUUUCUCUGUACAAACUGAUAAUAAUUAUGGAUCCUUUAAUAGAGAAACAGGACAUUGGAAUGGAAUGCUAAAAAAAAUUAUCGAUAAUGAAGCUGACUUAGCUAUUACAGAUCUUACAAUAACUGCCGAACGUGAAACCGCUGUUGACUUUACUAUGCCAUUUAUGAAUCUAGGUAUUAGUAUUUUAUAUCAAAAACCAAAACCAGCAUCACCAAGUUUAAUGUCUUUUUUACUACCAUUUUCUACAAAUGUAUGGUUAUAUUUAAUAGGAGUUUAUUUAAUUGUAUCAAUGCUUUUCUUUGUUAUUGGAAGAAUGUGUCCAACUGAAUGGAAUAAUAUAUAUCCAUGCAUUGAAGAGCCAGAAGAACUAGAGAAUCAAUUUACUAUAAAAAAUUCAUUAUGGUUUUGUAUAGGAGCUAUUAUGCAGCAAGGUUCAGAAAUAGCUCCAAUAGGACAUUCUACAAGAAUGUUGGCUGGAUGUUGGUGGUUCUUUUGCUUAAUAAUGGUGUCUUCAUAUACUGCAAAUCUUGCUGCAUUUCUUACAGUAGAAACAGUAGAAAGACCUAUAAAAAAUGCUGAGGAUUUAGCAAAUCAAGAUGUAAUAAGAUAUGGAGCUAAAAAGGGUGGAUCCACAUUAGGAUUCUUUAAAGAUUCAAAUUCUUCAACAUAUUCAAAAAUGUAUCAAUACAUGAUAGACAAUGCAAAAGAAGUACUUACAUCUGAUAACGACGAGGGUAAGAUAAAAACUAUUAAUGAAAACUAUGCGUUUCUUAUGGAAUCAUCAUCUAUAGAUUAUAUACAAGAAAGAGAGUGCAAUCUUACCCAAAUUGGAGGACUGUUGGAUCAGAAAGGUUAUGGAAUAGCUAUGAGGAAAAAUGCUACUUAUAGAAAUGAAUUAAGUGGUGCAGUAUUAAAACUACAAGAAAUGGGUAUACUAACUGCAUUAAAAAAUAAAUGGUGGAAGGAAAAGGGUGGUGGAGGACACUGUCAAGAAGAUUCUGGAGGUGGUCAAGCAGAAGAGCUUGGACUAGCAAAUGUUGGUGGAGUUUUUCUUGUACUCAUUGUCGGUGUGUCACUUUCAUUUUUCGAUUGAUUUACAAAAUAAAUUAAAACGUGAAUUAAAUUUUAUAAUAAAGCUUGGCAUUUCUACGAAGCCGCUUAAAUAUGAAGAAGAUUAAUAAUUAACAAUCACAAUCGU